GCGCAGCUAGGCCCAGGCGAGAGACCCGGAUGCAGCUCGGGCCGGGCAGGCUCUCGUGGCCGCGAGGGGGCGCCCGCCUGCCGGGUGCGCAGCGAGGAAACCACCGGCCCGUGGGCGUUGUGCCGCGCAGCGUCGGGGAAAUGGCGGCGCUCGGAGCGGGCCUGGCCGCAGCCGUUCGCGGGAGGCAAAUGUGCAACACCAAGAUGUCAGCUGGGUCGGACGACUGCCCCGGCGCCUCUGCCAUUCCCGCCGCCGAUCAAGAGGCACUGUUUAAGCCGAAGCCACUAUUGUUGAAGUUGUUAAAAUUUGCUGGUGCCCAGAAAGACACUUUUACAAUGAAAGAGGUAAUAUUCUAUCUUGGCCAAUAUAUUAUGUCUAAACGAUUAUAUGAUGAAAAACAGCAGCAUAUUGUCCACUGUGCAGAUGAUCUUCUUGGAGAUCUAUUUGGGGUACCAAGCUUUUCGGUAAAAGAACACAGGAAGGUAUACUCCAUGAUUUCCAGUAACUUGAUAGCAGUCAGUCAACAAGAGUCUAUGGAAGCAAACACAUCUGAGAAUGAGUCCAGGUGUCAACUUGAAAAAGGCAACGUUCUAAAGGAAUCCAUGCAAGAGUUAGUUGACGAAAAACAGACAUCCCCAAAUUUGACUUCUAGACCAACUACCUCUUCUAGGAGGAUGCUCAGUGAAUCUGAAGAAAGUUCUUCAGAUGAACAACCUAGUGAAAGAAGAAAACGGCAUAAGUCAGACAGCAUUUCGCUCACAUUUGAUGAAAGCCUUUCUUGGUGUGUUGUAAGUGGGCUAUGCUGCGAAGGAAGCAACAGCAGCGACUCAAUAGACUCUGCAAGUCCUGAUCUUCAUGCCAGUUCAUUAAGUGAAAACUCUGAUGAUUGGUUUGACCAGAGUUCUGUUUCAGACCAGUUCAGUGUUGAGUUUGAAGUUGAGUCCAUUUAUUCAGAAGAUUAUAGCCAUAAUGAAGAAGGACAAGAGCUCACAGAUGAAGAUGAUGAGGUAUAUCAAGUGACGAUAUAUCAGACUGAAGAGAGUGAUGCUGAUUCAUUCGAUGAAGAUCCUGAAAUUUCACUAGCUGAGUUCGUCCUGGACGAUAUCUUGCUGCUGAGGGUGACCUGGGAAGCAAGGGAAGGUCUUCUACUGCUAUGCGGCUUCCGCCCUAGCCCAUAUGCAGCUUGCCUGUGUGCAGCAAUGGUCCCCCCGCCCCUCGCGGCACAGUGGAGCAGACACGUUAGCCUGGCUGGGACAAGGACUAUGGUGGCUCUCCCGAUAAACCUGCGCAAGCGCAUUGCACACGUUCUGGAUGAGACAUUCGAAGAGAUUACCGAGGCUGAUUACCGCGAUGUGAUAAACUACAUCAAUGCACUAUUCCGCAUCUAGGCAUGCAUGCCUAACCCCCUUCUCCCAAAGAGCCCGCACCGAAAAAAUUCCUUCCCCCCCCAAAAAUAAAACUGCUUACCGGGAACCUGCUCUUCUGUUUGUCCUCCACCAAGUACCGGCCGCUGCGACUGGCUACCUUCCUCCUGGCUCGAGAAGAGCUGGCUGCAUGGCUCCAGGGAUUCCGGGGUGUUUCCAUCCGGCCUACCACCAUCACUCCCGUUUUCCUCCUCCUCCUCCCACCCGCCCCCUACCGGCUCUGAAGUGUCCAUGGUGGUGCUCGGAGUGGAGGUGGGGUUAACCCCAAGUAUCGCAUCCAGGUCUUUGUAGAAUCGGCAGGUCGCGGGGGGAGCACCCGAGCGGCCAUUUGCUUCGUGGGCUUUGCGGUAGGCACUCCGCAGCUCCUUCACUUUAAUCCUGCACUGCAGGGCAUCCCGGUCAUGGCCCCUUUCCAUCAUGUCCUUUGAUACUUUCCCGAAGGUAUCGUAAUUCCUACGGCUGGAGCGCAGCUGGGAUUGGACAGCUUCCUCCCCCCAAACACUGAUGAGGUCCAGCAACUUGCAUAUUGCUCCAUGCUGGGGCUCGCUUGGCGCGUGGAGGCAUGGGCACCUGGAAAGAUUCGCUGAUAGCACGCCACGCCACGCUGGGCUGAGCAAACAGGAAGGGGAUUUUUAAAAUUCCCCGGGAAUGUAAAGGGUGGGUCACAUGGUUGGUUACCUGAGGCCAGGAUAGUAGAGUUUGAACUGAUGACCCGAGUGGCUAGAACAGGCAUUGUGGGAUAUUGCCGAAUAAUUCUGGAGGCCAGUCACAGCGCAUUGAGCGUCCAUACUGGCACUGCAGCAGCAGGGCAAUACACGCUAUUCCUCUUGGGGAUGUGGAGUACAUGCAGCGCUGCAACCACGGAGAUACAGCGCUGCAAAUGCCUUGCCAGUGUGGAGGGAGUGAGUUACAGCGCUGGGGGCAGCUUUACAGCGCUGCAACUCGCAAGUGUAGCCAAGGCCUUUACUAGUAAAGAAUGGUGAAAACGGGAGCACCGUUCAUUUAGUGACGUCAAAUACUGAGGCCUGGGCUAAACACAAAAGUUGAACCAUUUUAAGUAUAUCAGUCAUCAUUUUAACAUAUGCGCAAAGUGCCUCAUGUGGCAAGUGACCAGGAUUCAUCACCGAAUUUGGUCUGCCCUAGCUUCCCCAGCUUGGACUGGUUACUGAUGGGGUAUGCGACAUGAAUGCUAAUCAGUGGUUAAGGGGUACAUCUCCUCUAAGUUGGACACAGCUAUACCAGUAUAAUACUUAAAUUUUUUUUUUUGUUAUAUCCAUUCCCAUGAGGGAAUAAUUUAUAACUGUGUCUGCAGUCGGGGCUGUACUGCUAUAACUGUUUUGGUAACUCUAAAGACAGGGAUAUUGAAAAGCAUAUUACAGAGCAAUUAACAGAACCAGAAAUGAUACAGUCAGAUCUCACUAAACCACACAAUAAUUUGUGUGCAAUUUGUGCACAAUAAGUAUUCUAGCCUCACUUCUGAAAAAAGAUUGAAUUGCCAAGGACUGCAGUGAGGUUUCAUUUUACUAAGACGUACUUAUUUUUACGUUUUCUAAUACUUUUUGAAUUAUGGACAUAAAUAAUUCAUAUUGUACUAUAGUUGGCAAAUAAGUGAACAAAACCAUUUUGUGGUGGUUUCCUUUUUAAAUUUUGAUCACUUAAAUUCUUAAAUGUCAGCAGUUUGCUAGCUUGAAGGAUAAAGCUAGUCUCUGAUAAAACUGUGGACGUACAGUCCCUUCAGUUUUGUCCCUUCUGUUAGUCACUUGGGGAACAACACCAUGAAUGCUCUUACAAGCGAGCAACCUGGCUUCCUUUCUCCAGAAGGAUUUGGUUGCCUCUCUGAUGUACAGCCUUUUAUAAUCAAUGCAUAUUGGAAAGAAGGGCCCAGGCAUUUAAAUAGGGAUGGAGUAACCUAUAGAAUUUUGGAAUAGGCUAUAGUGAUGGUUGCAGGAUUUCUGUGAUGCUGGUUCUGUCACAAUAGAGAAACACCUUUCAGUCUUCAGGCAGAUGCUUCUUUGUAGUUGAGGGUUAUUUUUAAACCCACAAAACUUUUUAUAAAGAACUCCUUGCACAGCUUCUGCUUAUUAUUAUGGUGUGUUACUUCAUAAAUAUAACUAUGCUAAAACUUGAAGACAACUCCUGUGUUGGAUGCAGAAGAUAGAACCAAACAGCAAAGUGAUCUGGUGGCUAUUGAGAAGAAGGAAACGUCAAUGUAAAGUCAUAUGUUCAGAAAGAGGCAGUAAAUACUGUUGCUACUGAGGGUUUUAACUCUCCUCUACUCUCUCUCAUACAAUUUGCAUCAUAACAAAAUACUGCUGCCUCUUGCUAAAGAAUUGCACCUCUAGCUAGCACAGGGGGUAUCUAUUUUUCAUCAUUCCCUGCUUUGGAGAAUGUCAAUUUAUAUAAAUUCCUUUUAUAAAGAAUAUUUCCUCCCCCCUGAGAGUAGGGUACCCUUUGCUUAUUUGUCAACUUUAGCAAAGGAAUAAAACAAAUAAGCAGUCCACAAAGUUGGAAUCUUAGUAUAGGCUAUUCUGUGUAACGCUUGGAAUGCUAUGAACCUGCCCAUAGCCAAAUUGAUUUUGUAAUAGUAUGACUAGGAAAUCUGACAGUUAAAAGAGAAUUUUUUUGUACAAAUUGUGAAAAUGGGCCAGUAAAAUCAUUUCCCCUCCUCACAGCACUGUGGAGCUGGAUAUUUCAGGGCUUCCAUGUCCUUGGGCAGACUUCUGUAUCAUGGAAAAUCGAUAUAUUUCUGUUUGAAUUAAGUCUUUCAGGAGUACUGCGUGCAUUCUUGAGUGCUGCAUAUGAAGUAGUCUUUAUCACCAAAAAAAUUAUAAACUUUCCUCAUAAGGUUAAAAAUCCAAGAUUUGCCCCAAAAUAUAUACUAUUUACAUUAAAACAAAGACGCUCCUAAGACAUGGCAGCUGUCCUAAGAAACCAAGUUAUCAGAGUUUGCUAUCGUAUCCUCUCACAUUCUAGUCUUGUGAGGCUUUCUUUCAGGAUUCAGAGAUUAAAAAGAAAGUAGAGAAGAUACCAUGUACGCAAAUGAAAAUUUUCCAGUACUUUGCUAAUAAGCCUCAGAGUCUGAGAAUGGCAUUCAUAAACCUGUCUUAAAAAUAAAUUGGAGCACCUCAGUAAUCCUAUCAAAUGCCAAUUUUUUUAUAUUGAAGUCCCAAGUUGAAAUCUCAGUUUUUUACAAGUAUCGGACCCAUAUGUUGAGGACCUAGAGUUCAUCAUGAAUUAUACUCCAGUUUUUCUAAAACUAGGCAAAUUAAACCGAAGCGGGGUUAAUGGUGACCAACCUUCAGUACAUCUCUGUCUUAUUUAUAAUAUACAUAAAUUAUUGGCAAAUGCACCUUUAUUACUUUAGUUUGUUCAAUAAUCAAUGCAAAACAAAGUUCACAGACAUAUUACUUGUAUGGUGAGCUCUCUGAAAUUCUACUUAUUUAAUGUCAGGUUAGUUUUAACUCUUAAUUUAUUAUCACUUGUAAAUAUUCUUGUAUUUUUGGAAACUUAGCAAAGUUUGCCAGUUUUAAUUUAUUGAGUGGGAGGGGGUGGAUACCUGGAGAGACAAGGUGGGUGAAGUAAUAUCUUUUAUUGGACCAACUUUUGUUGGGGUGAGAGACAAGCUUUCGAGCCACACAGUUUUUCUUCAGGUCCGAGACAGGUACUCCUAGUGUCACAACUAAAUGAAAGGUGGAACAGAUUGUUUAGUACAAGUAGUUAGCACAUAUUCUAAUCUAAGGGACCAUUCAAGGUAGAGUGGCCUGUUAACAGCUCUGCAGUCAUAAGACAAAAAGAGGUUAGUGGAUUGCAGAUUGUUGUAAUGAACCAUAAAUCCAGUGUCUGUUCAGACCAUGAAUUUUAGUGUCUACCAGAGUUAUGAAUUUGAGCUCCCAGGCUCAUCUUUUGAAAGUUGUUCAGGUUUCCUUUGCGGAUGAGGACUGAUAACCUCAGAUAUAACAUGAUCACUUUGUGGGGGAUUUUUUUUUUUAAAUAAUCAUUUUUAUGUGUAAAAGCCAGAGCUGGCGUUAGAGGGUAGCAAGCAGUGGAAACAGUUUUUAAACAAAUAAAAACCCUUGUAUUGUUUUCAAUUGCUAUAUGCCAGCAUAGUAUGAUUGUAUCCGAACCGGAAAGUAAAAUGAUUAGAAGCAAAAGUGACUUGUCCAAGAUGAGAGAUGAACAAAUGAAAGCUGCAAAAAUAAUUAAAAGUAAAUCUGUUGUUUCCAUUUUAGUAAUCUAAGAGGCUGUUGGGUAAGAAGGUUACUCAUGGACAGUGGGUAUAAUAGGCCAAGGGAGGCUAAGUUUCCCCAAACAGGCUGCCCCACUGCUGACCGGGUGCCUGGGCCAUGGUCUGUCCCGCACUUCACCCAGAGGCCCUGCUCCUGUGUCUCACUCUUACCCUGUGGCCCUGCCCACGCUGCCUCUUCCCCGGAGGCCCCCGGCCUCUCAUGCCUCCUAACCUCGUCCCCUGCGGUCCGUCCCACUCGUACCUCUUUGCCCCCAGAGAGGCAUGAGCAAGGGGAGCCCUCAGGGAGGGGGCAGAGAAGCACAGGCAGUGGGCAGGGGACCAAGUGGGGGCAGAAGGCCGAAUUUGGCAUUAGUGCCCCUUCUGCCCUUCUAGGGAGCUUCCAGCGCUCAGGCCCAGCCUCCCCAAAUGCGAGAGUCGCGUCGCCCAUGAGGUUACUUUAAAGUAAUUUUUUUAUGUGACAGUGGCUUUUAAACCAGUUUUAAAAACUGUUUAACAACUAAUUAGCUUGAACCAUGCGUGGAUUGCUGAACAGCUGUGUCCCCUCAAUUCCCCAAUCUGGGGUGCCUUUUACACUGCUUUGCUGUGAGAACAACCACUCCUGGCCAGUUAAUUCACAGCCUCUAGCAUGCAAAACCCUGUUAUCUCAAGUGGAGGUUCUCAAACACUUGAUCCAAACACACACUGGUUUAGAUAAAACAAGUUUAUUAACUACAGAAAUACAGAUUUUAAGUGAUUGCAAGUAAUGAGGCAUAAAAGUCAGACUUGGGUACAAAGAAAAUAAAAGGCAAACUAAUACCUAAUUUAACAAGCUAAGUGUACUUAAAAGCAAAAUAGUCUCAGCAUAAGUUUACAGAAGUCUGGCUGGAUUGCUUGAGCCAGAACCACCUCCAGUUCAAUGAUGCUGCCUUUGUCUUUCAAAUGUUCUUGAUGUUGUGAGUAGAGAUGAGUGGAGAGAGGUGGUUUAGCAGCCUCUGUUUCUCAUUCUUAUACCCUUCUUCCCUUCAGCUGGGGUUCAGGCAACAGUCAGUCUGUUUACACGGAAGACCCCCAGCUGUUCCAUUACCGAUAUGUAAAGUUCUCAUCCACACCCUUUCCCCUGCCAAAUAACAGCUGCUUAACCAGAUGUCCAUUUCCCCCACUCCCACCGAAUAUCAGGGUUGGAAGGGACCUCAGGAGGUCAUCUAGUCCAACCCCCUGCUCAAAGCAGGACCAAUCCCGAGACAGAUUUUUGCCCUAGUUCCCUAAAUGGCCCCCUCAAGGAUUGAACUCACAACCCUGGGUUUAGCAGGCCAAUGCUCAAACAUUUGAUUAUGCUGAUAACUGCCUGGGGUGUCAAUGUGUUUUUUGUCUCCGAAAAACCGGUUAGGGCCUGCUUUUUUAACUUUGGAGCAUGUCAUAGCAAUGUUAUGCAGUGUAGAAUCUUAUAACUUUACAGACAAUGUUACCACACACAUUUUACCAGGACAAUAAUGUUCAGCAGAUUGAGUGUCCAAAUAAUACCUCACUUUUUACCAAAUGUAUCAUAGUCUUGUAAAAAGGAAGAACAUGGGGGUAGAGUCUGUCACACUGCUAUACGUUUUCACAACCAUGUAGGCACACUCAAACUAUCCCACCAGGCCAAAUGUUUUGUUUAAUACAUAGACUCAUGAGACAAGGUGAGGAGUAUUCUUGCUACUGCUUACACCGACCUGCAUGUUGUUAUCAGAAGGAUCUUUUUAAAAUAUAUAUAUAUGUGUGUGUGUGUGUGUGUGUUUGAAUAAAUGACUGUGUACUCAUGACAGUAAAGGUUUAUAACUGCAUGUGUGAUAUUUAGUACACUGUUUUGUGAUCCUUCAUCUGGUGCACAAUGAUAGAAGGUGUGUAUAUUUGGAUGAUCACAUGGUGAAUUAUAAUAACUGCAGGGAUAUUUGUGUAUUUUAUGUAAAUAGAAAACACUGCAUGUCUUUAUGCAAUGAUUCCAAACCUGGUUCAUUCCCUGGUUUGGAGAGAGAGAGACACUUUCCUCGUUGGCAGUUGUCUAUUUGUGCUUAGAAGGAUUGACUUAACACAGCUCACCAGAAAUAAAGCUCCCAGUCCACACCACCCCUGAAGCUAAACUCUUGGAUGUUAAGAGUUCUGACAGUUUAAAAAUUGUGGCAAAGAAAGGAUAUUAUAUUUUUUUUAAAUGAAAAUCCCAGAGAUGUUGCUGAUCUCUUCACAAUUGAGUGACAAAUAUAUAGUUAUAUAGAAAAAUUGGAAGAGGGGGAGGGCAGCCUGCUACUUAGUUACUACUUCUAAGUGACCUAUACUGUUUUACUCUAAUAGCACUGACACUAUAAAAAUUCCAAGUGAUUCAAUCUUUGUAGUAUAUUGUAAAUGUUAAUAUUUAUUAGCAAUACUUUAGACAUCUGGUACAUUUCCCCUUGGUCUUUGUAAAUAUUGCCCUUAUGUUUUUGUUUGUUUGUUUUUUGUUUUGUUAAAGGACAGACUUUGUUUGCAAACUGAAUUAUAUCUGGUGGAAUAAAUAAAUCCUGAAAAUAUUUGCUCAAUCCGGCAGUUUUCCUGCUUGCAGAAUUCCUUUGGUCUUUGAGAAUGUAUAUGGAUUACAGGAUUGGGACUUUGCUCAUUCAAAAUAAGAUCACAGUGUUUUGUAGUGAUUUCAAACAGCUAUGCAAUAUUGACACCACUCAUAGGUGCAUCAAUAUUUUAGUGGCUCAAAAUAUUAAUCAAAAUAUUUUGAGAGGAUUUGUAAUAGCAAAUAUCAAUACUAUCUGCCAGUGUCCAUUAAAAUUAAAUAGCAUUAAAAAAAGUGCACAUAUCUUUAAAAGAAACAAAUCUUUCAGUGCUGGAAAAAAUAUGCCGGAUAUAUUUGAAUUAUUUUAGUGUCCUUUGUACGAAAUCACAACUCUCAAGGAACUUAAGGUUUUAUUUUCUGUUUAUAAAAUAGAGCACAUGUAAUAAAGAAUCGUUUGAAAUCCCUCCUGA